AUGCCACAAAAGGCUCUUAAAGUGACCAAGAAGGCCAAGGACCCUCGUCGUGUCACCAAAAAGCAAAAGAAUUUACGUCCAGCGGCUCCUUUACAAUUAAAAUCCAAGAAGAAGUCAUUGCAACAUUUAAAGAAGUUGAAUAGGACAGCAUCUUUAACAGAAACCACGGAAAAAUUGAUUGCCAGUAGGGUCGGUCAUUUGGAACUGUUAAAAGGUACUAGAAAGGAACUGGAGAAAAAGGCCAAAAAUGGUGCCAAGAAAUGA